CCUGCACAGCGCGUGCGCCUUCGGGAUUCCCGUCGGGACGCGUUUGUUCCCUCCCUCCCAUCCCACACCCCCUCCCGACACCCCACCCGGCCGGCUGCGCGCGCCCGGUGGGCGUGGGAGGAGGCGUGGAAGCAGGGAGGGGGCGGGUGUCGCGGGAGGGAAGGAGCGAACCGGAGAGCGUCGUCCCGCGGAGGAGUGAAGGCGGCAAAAUGGCGGACCGCUUCUCCCGCUUCAACGAGGACCGAGACUUUCAGGGUAAUCACUUUGAUCAGUAUGAAGAAGGACACUUGGAGAUUGAACAAGCAUCCCUUGACAAGCCUAUAGAAUCGCCCAGUUUUUAAAGCCAGGAUAAUAUUGGACACCGCUUACUCCAGAAACAUGGGUGGAAGCUGGGCCAGGGAUUGGGAAAAUCUCUUCAGGCAUUAUGAUCCUGGACUUGUUGUGGUGAUGGUAAACUUAGCAGUGGGAGAACAGACCCUAUUCCAAUCGUUGUCAAGUAUGACGUCAUGGGCAUGGGUCGAAUGGAAAUGGAGCUGGAUUAUGCCGAAGAUGCUACCGAACGGCGUCGUGUCCUAGAAGUAGAAAAAGAAGACACAGAAGAACUGAGACAGAAGUACAAGGAUUAUGUUGACAAAGAAAAGGCAAUUGCAAAAGCCUUAGAAGAUCUCAGAGCUAAUUUUUACUGUGAAUUGUGUGAUAAACAGUAUCAGAAACAUCAGGAAUUUGACAACCACAUCAACUCGUAUGAUCACGCACACAAGCAGAGAUUAAAAGAUCUCAAGCAGAGAGAGUUUGCCCGAAAUGUCUCUUCAAGAUCCCGCAAAGAUGAGAGGAAACAAGAAAAGGCCCUCCGGCGGCUCCAUGAGUUGGCAGAGCAAAGAAAACAAGCUGAAUGCGCACCUGGAAGUGGUCCCAUGUUCAGACCAACCACAGUGGCUGUAGAUGAAGAUGGUGGAGAGGAGGAUAAAGAUGAGUCAUCAACAAACAUUGGCACAAGUGCCAUUUCUUCUUGUGGCUUUGGACCUGACUUCUCCACAGAUAAAGGGGGCCCCUUUACUGCAAUACAGAUCACUAAUACCACUGGACUGUCACAGGCUCCUGGGGUAGCCUCCCAAGGUAUCAGCUUUGGCAUUAAGAAUAAUCUGGGCCCCCCACUGCAAAAAUUGGGAGUGUCAUUUUCAUUUGCCAAGAAGGCUCCUGUCAAACUUGAAUCAAUAGCAUCUGUUUUCAAGGACCAUGCAGAGGAAGGGACGUCUGAAGAUGGAACAAAAGCUGAUGAGAAGAGUUCUGACCAAGGGGUACAGAAAGUGGGAGAUACUGAUGGGAGUGGUAAUCUCGAUGGAAAGAAAGAAGAUGAAGACCCUCAGGAUGGAGGGUCCCUUGCCUCAACACUGUCCAAGUUAAAAAGGAUGAAGCGGGAAGAAGGGGCUGGGGCCACAGAGCCAGAGUAUUACCACUACAUCCCCCCAGCGCACUGCAAAGUCAAACCUCAUUUUCCCUUCUUACUCUUUAUGAGAGCCAGUGAACAAAUGGAAGGUGAUCAUAGCACACACUCAAAGAAUGCCCCAGACAACAAAAAAAGCAGUUCUCCCAAGCCUAAAGGCUGUGCUAAGGUGGCAGCAAGCCAAGGAGCAGAAAAGACAGUUAGUGAAGUUUCUGAGCGCCAAAAGGAAACCACUGUGGCUGGCCCUUCAGAACCUGGAGGUAAAACUGAGACAAAGAAAGGCUCAGGAGGGGGCAUAGUUGAGCAAAGUAUGGAGACUCAGGAGACUCCAGAGAGCCAGAUGUGUGAAUCCAAUCCUAAAGAAGUUUCUCAGGCCACCCCAGCAGCAAAAGCAGGCCAGGGGCCCAAGCAUCCCACUGGUCCGUUCUUUCCAGUUUUGAGCAAGGACGAAAGCACUGCCCUCCAGUGGCCGUCAGAACUACUAAUUUUCACCAAAGCAGAACCCUCCAUUUCCUACAGCUGUAAUCCCUUAUACUUUGACUUUAAACUUUCAAGAAACAAAGAUGCUAAAGCUAAAGGAACAGAAAAACCAAAAGAUGUUGGAGCCUCCCCAAAGGAUCAUCUCCUGAGCCUUGAUCCUAGAGAUCCUAAUAAAAGCAAGGGGGGAGGGCAGGGCGCAGCGCACUCUUCAGAAAGCAGAGUAGAUGAGCCUGCUUUGGGGGCUACCUGUAGCAGCCUGAACAAGCAGGAACCUGGGGGUAGCCAUGGGUCAGAAACUGAAGACACUGGAAGAAGCCAUCCUAGCAAGAAAGAAUCGUCAGGCAAGUCUCACAGACACAAAAAGAAAAAGAAACACAAAAAAUCCAGCAAGCACAAAAGGAAACACAAGGCUGAAAUGGAAGAGAAGAGUUCGAAGGCAGAGUCUGGGGAGAAAUCUAAGAAGCGCAAGAAACGAAAACGGAAGAAGAACAAAUCAUCAGGCCCAGCUGAUUCUGAACGAGGACCCAAGCCAGAGCCUCCUGGAAGUGGCAGCCCUGCACCACCAAGACGACGGCGCCGAGCUCAAGAUGAUUCCCAGCGGAGAUCCCUUCCUGCUGAAGAAGGAAACAGUGGCAAGAAGGAUGAUGGUGGAGGCGGUAGCAGUUCCCAAGAUCACAGUGGGAGGAAACAUAAAGGUGAACCUCCAGCUUCAUCCUGCCAGCGGAGAGCUGGAGCCAAACACAGCAGCCGGUCUAGCCAUCGGAGCCAACCCAGUAGUGGAGAUGAGGAGAGCGAUGAUGCUUCUUCACACAGGCUUCACCAGAAGUCUCCAUCCCAGUACAGUGAGGAGGAGGAGGAGGAGGAAGAGGAGGAAGAAGAAGAGGAAGAUGAAGACUCAGGCAGUGAACAUUCUCGUAGCCGCUCUCGAUCUGGCCGUCGCCAUUCCUCACACCGUUCCUCCCGGCGUUCCUAUUCAAGCAGCUCUGAUGCUUCUUCAGACCAGAGCUGCUAUAGUAGACAGCACAGUUACUCCGAUGAUAGCUAUAGUGACUACAGUGACCGAUCACGAAGGCACUCUAAGCGCUCUCACGAUUCAGACGAUUCAGACUAUGCCAGCCCCAAACACAGGUCCAAACGACACAAAUACUCAUCGUCUGAUGAUGACUAUAGCCUCAGUUGUAGCCAGUCCCGAAGCCGAUCUCGGAGUCAUACUAGGGAGCGAUCAAGGUCCCGGGGCCGAAGCCGCAGUAGCAGCUGUAGUCGCAGUCGAAGCAAGAGGAGAAGUCGCAGCACCACGGCCCACAGCUGGCAGCGAAGCCGGAGUUACAGCAGGGACCGGAGCCGCAGCACCAGGAGCCCUUCCCAGAGAUCAGGCUCCAGAAAAGGAUCGUGGGGUCAUGAGAGCCCAGAGGAAAGGCGCUCUGGCCGUCGGGAUUUCAUUCGCUCAAAGAUCUACCGCUCUCAGUCUCCUCACUAUUUCCGAUCAGGUCGGGGAGAAGGUCCUGGAAAGAAAGAAGAUGGCAGAGGAGAUGACAGUAAAGGAACAGGCCUACCUUCCCAGAAUAGCAAUACUGACACAGGAAGGGGGUCAGAAAGUGACUGCAGCCCCGAAGAUAAGAAUUCUGUUACCGCCAGACUGCUACUAGAGAAGAUCCAGUCCAGGAAAGUGGAGAGGAAACCCAAUGUGUGUGAGGAGGUGCUGGCCACCCCUAAUAAGGCUGGGCUCAAGUAUAAGAACCCCCCACAAGGUUACUUCGGGCCCAAGCUUCCCCCCUCUCUUGGUAAUAAGCCUGUCCUUCCACUGAUAGGGAAGCUUCCAGCUACCCGGAAGCCCAAUAAGAAAUGUGAAGAGUCUGGCUUGGAAAGGGGUGAAGAGCAGGAACAGUCAGAGCCAGAAGAAGGGUCCCCAGGGAGUAGUGAUGCUCCAUUUGGGCAUCAGUUCUCCUCAGAGGAAACAGCUGGUCCCUUAUCAGACCCUCCCCGAGAAGAGCCAAAGUCUGAGGAAGCUACUGCCGACCACUCUGUGGCUCCUCCGCUAGGCACCCCAGUACACACUGACUGCUACCCUGGCGAUCCAGCCAUCUCCCAUAACUACCUCCCUGACCCCAGUGAUGGGGAUACCCUGGAGUCUCUGGAUAGUGGCAGUCAACCAGGCCCUGUGGAAUCCAGCUUGCUGCCUAUAGCCCCAGACCUUGAGCACUUCCCUAAUUAUGCACCUCCCAGUGGGGAACCUAGUAUUGAAUCAACAGAUGGGACUGAGGAUGCUUCAUUGGCUCCUCUAGAGAGCCAGCCCAUCACCUUCACCCCUGAGGAGAUGGAAAAGUACAGCAAGCUCCAGCAGGCUGCGCAGCAACACAUCCAGCAGCAGCUUCUGGCCAAACAAGUAAAGGCCUUUCCAGCCUCAACAGCCCUAGCGCCAGCCACACCAGCCCUGCAGCCUAUCCACAUUCAGCAGCCAGCCGCAGCCUCUGCCACCUCCAUCACAACUGUCCAGCAUGCCAUCCUGCAGCAUCAUGCUGCAGCCGCUGCUGCCGCCAUUGGCAUUCACCCUCAUCCUCACCCCCAGCCACUUGCCCAAGUACAUCAUAUUCCCCAGCCCCACCUGACCCCUAUUUCCUUGUCCCAUCUCACUCACUCAAUUAUCCCUGGCCACCCUGCUACCUUUCUUGCUAGCCACCCUAUCCAUAUAAUUCCUGCUUCAGCCAUCCAUCCUGGGCCCUUCACCUUUCAUCCUGUCCCACACGCUGCCCUCUACCCUACCCUGCUUGCUCCACGGCCUGCUGCAGCAGCUGCCACUGCCCUCCAUCUUCACCCACUACUUCACCCCAUCUUCUCAGGUCAGGACCUGCAGCACCCUCCCAGCCAUGGUACUUGAGUUGGGAGUUGUAAGCCUGAGUGGAGCCGGGGAAGGUGACCUACCAGUUCUUCCCUGGGGGUGUUGAGCCAUUUAUGCCAGCCAGUAAAAGCUGGAGUGGGCAGUGUCUUGACAGCCAAAGAAAUGAGUUUUGGCUUGCAGGGAUGGAUUUAGAUUUGCUGUUUGCUUUGGGUUUACUAUCAGGGAUAUUUCCCCCUUUGUAUUAGUCCCUCCCUCCUGUGUUUCUAACUUGGGAACACCAGUAAGUGCUACCCACACUCCUCUGCAGCAACGUCUCCAGACUGUCGAGUAGAAAUACUCCUUUCUCCACGUUCUAAUCCUCUGCUCUUCUCCCUCUGGAAGUUUAAAACAUUUUCCUCCUCUAAUGGGUCGUCACCAAAGCACUUGCCAUGGGCCCAUCUGGUCCUGCCUUCUCAGUGCCAUGAGGAAGGCCAGGCUGUCUCUCCAGCGGUGAAAAUACCACUUUUGGGCAGUGUCUUUGACCAUCCCUUGGUGACAUGUUCUCCCAGGUGAGGUGGCAGAGGGAGUCUAACCUAGAACCAAAAGCAACUCAGGCUGCAAUUUCAUCCACUUUGCUUACAACAGAGCCACGCAUUUGGCACUACUGUCCUCAUGCCCCUCAUCCCAGAAGAGGCAUCUACGUAUCCCAGAAAAGAUCUUAUCAUGAGUAGAAGCUGUGCGGAACAUAGGGUCACCCAUGUGCUUCCCAGAAAGGAGCUCUGUGUCUGAAGGGUAUAUUCUGUUAUGUUGAUGUUUUCUUCUUAAUUUAUAGGAUUUUUUUAAUGUAAAAUUGCACUGAACUCUAUAAACGUAAAUGCUGCUUUUUGUAGCCCAUAUUAAAAAGGUUCCGUAUUUGUAGUCUACUGCAAUAAUAUUUUUUACAUCCAGCUCUUUAAGUGAUCCUUGUUCUGGUGGCUUUCUGUAAAUAUGUUUGCCCUAGUUGAAUUAAGAAACUUUAAAGGUUAUAAAAUAAAAACAAAAAAUAAAGUAUUUGUUUUCUGCUAGAUGCAAAAAUGACUAAGCAUGUAUAUUUUCUCAAGCUCCUGUAUUUUUUGAAGUUAUGAACUAUAAAAAUGUUAAAACAUUUCUUUUUUUCUUACUGGGACAAGUGUUAAGUAAUUUGCAGUAAUUGGUUUAUCCUGCACUGGGAUUUUUGCGUUAAUGAGCAGCAGGCCGAUGCAAGGUCAGGAGGAUGUGCAGUUGCAGUGGUCUCCUGAUGUGCUUUGUUACACGGAGAAACAACGGACUCCAUGGAGGAGGGGAGGAUUGGUUCAACGGCUUUAUUCUCUGGAAGCAGUGACACUCGGUGAUUGUCUGGGAAGAGGAACCCUUUGGUUUCCCUGGGUACCUUGUUCCAGGCAGUCUUGCCUUCCUAGUAUUUAGCCCCCUCUGACAAUUUUUUUAAUGUGCCUUUUGGGUUGGCUAGAAACUAAAAUAGAAGUAGACCAGAGGAUAAUAGAGUUGGGACAGUUUUCUCCUCUUUUCGUUGGGAGGUGAGCACAGUUGUAGGCAUUUUGAGGUCUUUGGCUUCAAGGUCUAUGCCGUCUGCCCAGCUCGAUUUCAGCAGUAGGGGUUCCCUUUUUUGUUUUCUCCUGUGACACUAACCAGAAGUACAUCCAUCCCCUUUUGCCUUCGCCCAGGCUCUCAGCCCUAGUUAACACUGACCCAAAGGUGCUUGUAAUGCAGUCUCAUCUCCUUUGCUGUUAGUGUUCUUGUGACUAGAACUGCUUAAGCAGUCAACUGACAGAUAAACAGACCCUACUUGCCUAGGCCAAGUUCUCUCUUCACACCUCCUCAGAUCCCCAAAAAGGAAGAGGCUUUGUUAUGAGAAGCAAGUGCUGGGCAAAUGAGGCACUUGGCUGAAUCCUCCUCCUCCCUGCUCAGUGCUCCUCAUCUCAGAAGUAUCACUUUUUGGAUAACUAGCCCUGGAAAUAGGAGAUCAUCUAUUUGAAGUGAAGGGACUCGUUUUCCUUGUGUUCAGCCUGUGUAAAUACUUCAGUAAAACAGUAUUAAUGUUCUGUGCUGCUUCCCGUUAGGUUGUGGGUGGAGCCGUAUUCUGGCUACCUCUCUGCCUUCCUGGAGACAGUUUUAACUUCCAGAAUAAAACUUCAGAAGAAAAAAAAAAAAAAAAGGAAAAAGUAACCUAUCCUUACUUACAAGCAUAACAGAUUGUAUUUAACUUUAUCACAUAUGAUAGAGAUAUAUAUGCUGUAAAAUGAGGGAAAGGAACUUUCUAAUAAACCAAUGCUUUGUGGAAACUCA